UAAAUAACUUUUGACUCAGAUAGGCUCGAGUACUGUAGUGUUGAUGUACAGAUCAUACAAGGCAGAGUUGGACGCCAUGUCGCGAGUGAAACCUCCAAUCAAAGAGAAGCCGGCAGGCCCUUGGGGCCUGCAGGAAUUGAAGGAAAUAGCUAAGGGGGAUAAAUCUGUAAAUGUGUUUGUAUGCAUGGGGGCAUCUGGUGAUCUAGCCAAAAAGAAAAUAUAUCCUGUGUUAUGGAACCUGUAUAAGGAAGAUUUGUUGCCAACGGAGACAAGGAUAAUCGGGUAUGCUCGCACCAAACUGAGCCUGGAAGAACUGCUAAGCAGAUGUGAGCCCUUUAUGAAGAUUAAAGAUGGUGAGAAAGCGAAGUAUGCGGAAUUUAUAAAGAUCAACAGCUACGUAGCGGGCAAUUAUGACAAGGCUGCAGACUUCAAGCGUCUGGAUGAUGCCAUUAAAGAGAUUGGGAGCUGCCAUCGCCUGUUUUACCUCGCCCUCCCACCCUCGGUGUAUGAGCCAGUCACCCUCAACAUCAAAGCAACAUGCAUGGCAACAGGCGACAAGUGGACCCGCAUAAUCAUUGAGAAGCCUUUUGGGCGAGACCUUGACAGUUCAGAGCACCUGUCUCAACACCUGGCCUCGCUGUUCAAGGAGGAACAGCUCUAUCGUAUCGACCACUACCUCGGCAAGGAGAUGGUACAGAACCUUGUUGUACUCAGGUUUGGUAAUCGAAUACUAAGUCCGAUCUGGAAUCGGGACAGCGUGUCCUCAAUUGUGAUCAGCUUUAAGGAGCCUAUCGGAACACAGGGCAGGGGAGGCUAUUUUGACGAGUUUGGAAUCAUCAGGGACGUGAUGCAGAAUCAUCUGCUACAGCUACUUACUCUGGUUGCCAUGGAAAAACCACCUAGCACCAAGGCAGAGGACAUACGCAACGAGAAGGUGAAAGUGUUGAAAAGCAUCCCUCCUAUAGAGCUGAAAGACGUGGUACUUGGUCAGUAUGUAGGGAACCCCGACGGGACCCCUGACCAGAGAGAGGGCUACCUGGACGACCCCACGGUGCCCAAGGAUUCUGUCACCCCCACCUUCGUCACUGCAGCCAUGUUUGUAAAGAAUGAGAGAUGGGACGGUGUGCCCUUCAUCCUGCGCUGUGGCAAAGCCCUCAAUGAGAGGAAGGCAGAGGUACGCAUUCAGUUCCGUGACGUUCCUGGGGACAUCUUCGCAGAGGGCAAGGUGAAGAGGAACGAGCUGGUGAUACGUGUGCAGCCCAACGAGGCUGUGUACAUGAAACUGAUGACCAAAACCCCCGGCAUGUCUUUCAACUGUGAGGAGACGGAGUUAGAUUUGACCUAUCACAGUCGAUACUCAGGUGUCAGUAUGCCUGAGGCCUAUGAGAGGCUGAUACUGGAUGUCUUCAACGGCUCCCAGAUCAACUUUGUACGCUCUGACGAGCUGUAUGAGGCAUGGAGGAUAUUCACACCACUGCUACACAAAAUUGAGAAAGAAAAAAUCAAGCCGAUUCCCUAUAUAUUUGGCAGCCGCGGACCCAAAGAGUCUGACGAAAUGAGCGCCAAAUACGACUUCAAGUAUACCGGGGAGUAUAAAUGGGCUCCGCAGCAAAAACUUUAAACAUGUGCCUCAUUAUGUGACAUGCAUCGUGUGAUUUAUGUAAAAGCAGAUGAUAGAUAUUUAGGAUGCUAGAAAUUUGCUAUAUUUACAGUAAUUAUACCCCCACAAACGAAGUCUAGGGGGGUAUAUAGGAGUGAACUUGUCUGUCUUUCGGUCCGUAUUAAGUGUCCGCUCUCUAAUUCAAGUAGUUCUAAACUAGGUCACGGGGUAUCUUAGUGCGUUUUAAACCUCACCGUGUUGUCCGCUCUCUAAUUCAAGUAGUUUUCAUCUAAUCCUCACCAAACUUGGUCGCAAGUUUUAACCUAAUGAUCUCUAGGACAAGUUUGAACAUGAGCCAUUCCGGCCUAAAACUAGGUCAUGGGGUCACUUAGUGCGUUUUUUAACAUUUAGCAUGGUGUCCGCUCUCUAAUUCAAGUAGUUUACAUCCGAUCUUCAUCAAACUUGGUCAGAAGUUUUAUGGAGAUGAUCUUAAAGCCAAGUUAGAACAUGGGCCUUUCUGGGUCAAGAACUAGGUCAAGGGGUCACUUAGUAUUUUUUUAAAUUGAGCAUGGUGUCCGCUGUUUUUUGUGAAGACGACAUGCAAAAUAUUAUGUGUCAAUGCGGCAUGUGGGGGUAUUUGUUACGUGUGUGACAAAGCUCUAGUUAUUUCAUGAAGUCUAAUUGUGUACUUGUAAUAUUAAAAGUCAAUCCUUUAGUAUAUUUUGAAACCAUGGUUACUACAUGGGCUACGUAUUUAAAAAGUUGUCAAAUAUAAUUUGUUAUAUAUGUAGUAGGCAAGAUGUCUAAGCUGAGUAGAAAGAUUAACAUACUAUGAUCAGAUAAAGAGAUAAAUAGAAAUAUUGAACUUAAAGCUGAACAAAAUGGCAGUGGUUGUCUUGAACAAUUUUCUUGGUGCAUGAAUAAAAUUGAGCCAUGCUUUUGGAAAACAGGGCUAAAUACAUGUGUGUAAAGUAUCAUCCCACUGCACAGGCUAAUCAUGGAGGACACUAUCUGACUGCACAGGCUAAUCAUGGAGGACACUAUCUGACUACACUGGGACAAUCUCUGACUACACUGGGACACUAUCUGACUACACUGGGACACUAUCUGACUACACUGGGACACUUUCUGACUACACUGGGACACUAUCUGACUACACUGGGACACUAUCUGACUACACUGGGACACUAUCUGACUACACUGGGACACUAUCUGACUACACUGGGACACUAUCUGACUACACUGGGACACCAUCUGACUGCACAGGCUAAUCAUGGAGGACUCUAUCUGACUACACUGGGACACUAUCUGACUGCACAGGCUAAUCAUGGAGGACACUAUCUGACUACACUGGGACACUAUCUGACUGCACAGGCUAAUCAUGGAGGACACUAUCUGACUACACUGGGACACUAUCUGACUACACUGGGACACUAUCUGACUACACUGGGACACUAUCUGACUACACUGGGACACUAUCUGACUACACUGGGACACUAUCUGACUACACUGGGACACUAUCUGACUACACUGGGACACUAUCUGACUGCACAGGCUAAUCAUGGAGGACACUAUCUGACUACACUGGAAACUCAUAUUUUACAGACCCUUCCACAUACAAAAUAUCAUAAAUGAAGAAUGUGUUGUCUCUAAAUAGCCUGUGGGGAUUGGUUUUUCCAGAGCGCAGCUCAAUAACGUUAGAAGACUUGAGGAUUUUGAACAAUAAACUUUGAGCAACAAUAUGUGAUCAUUUAUUCUGAGUAUAAUUAUUGUUACAUAUAAAUAUUUGUAUUGUAUAAAUAUAUUUAUUUACGGGCAUGGGCAUUUAGCAUUAUUAUUUCUGUAUUGGAAACUAUUUUACAACGACUUGACUGUCCCUCUUGUAUCCAUUUUGUCCUUAUAUAUUUGUUUAAUUGUGUUCAUGUGUAGACUUAAUACAUUCAUGAUAAAUACAGUACAAUUAUCAUCAUUGGCAAAUCUGUGGCAUAUACAAGACCAAUGGCAGGUUUAUAAGUUGCUCCUUGCAGAUUAAAGGUCCCUUUUCACAGAUUCUUGGCAUAUAUUGAAGUUUGUCAUUAAAUUCUUUAUAUUGAUAAAUGUAAACAUUGGAUCUAAAAAGAUCCAGUAGAAAAACAAGAAUAAAAUUAAAGGAAGAACAAAAGUAACCCUCAAUUGGGCUCGUACCACUGACCCCCUGGACUAAAAUUCUAUUGCUAAGACCAUUCGGCCAUCCAUGCUCAUACAAUGAGUGUUGAAUUUUAUCCCUUAAAUAAGCAAUCCUCAUAGUAUCACAAAAUAUAACGACAACAACAGAACUCUCCAAAUUAUUCAAUUGUUUUGCGUUGCAACAUUUAAUUUUCAGGUUGAUAAAUUGUAAAAAGAUGCAUGUUAUGGAUAUUUUAGAGCAUGGUUAAUGUUCAAUAUUGCUGUUUCCUCACAAAUAUCAUAACUACAAAGAAAAUUUGCGAUUCUGAAAAAAACUCAAAAACGUGAAAAGGCCCCUUUAAAGAAACAUCCACAUCGAAAUAGCCAGGUUCUGACCUUGUGAGCCGGUGAUCAAAAUUUUUUAUUUUAACUUAUUUCUCAAUAAAUCAGUUAAACAUUUAUUCAUUUCAGUUUUCACAUUUGUUUAGCUUGUCACUUUUGGCAUUAUUGUAUUUGCUGUUCUGUUUGUCCAAAAUGUUCAUAAGCUAAUGUUCAAUCUGUAUUUUUGUGAUUUUACAAUCUCCUAUUUAAACUAUUCAUAUGAUGUUAGAACCAUUUAAACAUUAUUUGCUCUUGUUUCCAGUUUAUCCAUCUGUUAUGCAUAUUUAUUGAAUGUUUAGGGCUAUUGUGAUUCUUUUACUUCAUUACGUUAAUCAGAGAUAUAUACUGGUAGGUUUGUUUAUGGUUAAGAUACAAAUAAAUAAAUGUCAAACACAA